GUAUGGCCUAGAGGUUGACCUCGGCUCUCAAUCUUAUCGUCAUUGAAUCCUUUUCAGAGUGCUUUGCCUGUUGCUCUGGUACUGAUUUCAUACUCUGGAUGAGAGAUACUCAACAUUCAACGGUUGAGUCGAGGUUCUUCCUUCGGGUGUACACAGAAACCGAUUGGCAAAUACCAUCAUCAACUGUAUGAAUUGGGGGCGUUGUCUGGUUCUGUUCCACAUUCCCGAAUCCCUUGUUUUUUCCCUCCAACCAACCGCCUUCCUUUCUUCCUUUCCAAGAUGAGGGGAAUGACCGUUAGAGGUCGCUUCGGGAGUCGAUCGAACGUGAUACACGAUCGGUUUUGCUGAGAGCGAAGAGGAGGAGGAGAAAGGCAUGGCAUAUGAUCACGAACUAACUAAUCGAACUGCUAAUGGCUAGAGAAAGGGGGGCAAUCACUUGGAUGCAUAAAUACUCGCUGCUUCUUUCCUCUUCUCAAAAUAUCAACCCCCUUCUCUUGCUCAUUCUUUCUUCAAUCUCAAUUCAAUUACUCCUCGGUGCUUGUUCUGCGUCAAGGUAACAGUACCACCACUUACACGCAACAGAUAUACAUCGUACGUCCCGUCCCGUCCUUUACAACUCCCGCCUCGCCGAGUCCAACCAUCUCAGAAUCUAUAUAAAGAGAUCAACUCCUCUCCCGCCCUCCCGUUUGAUCCUCGACCUGCCGGUACUCUUGGUUCAUUCAACUUCUAUUCCACACACUUCUUCUUCAACGGUAACAAGUCAAAAUGGUCAAAGUACUUGCCGUUCUGUACGAUGGUGGGAGGCACGCUGAGGAGGUCCCUGGCCUCCUAGGCACCACCGAGAACGAGCUCGGAAUCCGCAAGUGGCUCGAGGACCAGGGCCACACUCUGGUGACGACUUCUGACAAGGAGGGGGAGAACUCUACUUUUGACAAGGAGUUGGUCGACGCCGAGGUUAUCAUUACUACUCCAUUCCAUCCCGGCUACCUCACCGCCGAGCGCCUCGCCAAGGCAAAGAAGCUCAAGCUCGCCAUCACGGCCGGCAUUGGCUCCGACCAUGUCGACCUCAACGCCGCCAACAAGACCAACGGCGGUAUCACGGUUGCCGAAGUCACCGGCUCCAACGUUGUUUCCGUUGCCGAGCACGUCGUCAUGACCAUCCUUGUUCUUGUCAGGAAUUUCGUCCCCGCUCACGAGAUGAUUGAGCAAGGUCGUUGGGAUGUUGCCGAGGCGGCCAAGAAUGAGUUUGAUCUCGAGGACAAGGUCGUCGGUACCGUGGCUGUUGGCCGCAUCGGUGAGCGUGUGCUCCGCCGCCUCAAGGCGUUUGACUGCAAGGAGCUUCUCUACUACGACUACCAGCCUCUGAGCCCUGAGAAGGAGAAGGAGAUUGGCUGCCGCAGGGUGGACUCGCUCGAGGAGAUGCUUGCGCAGUGUGAUGUUGUCACAAUCAACUGCCCUCUUCACGAGAAGACCAAGGGAUUGUUUAACAAGGAUUUGAUUGCCAAGAUGAAGCCUGGCUCAUGGCUCGUCAACACUGCCCGUGGCGCCAUUGUCGUCAAGGAGGACGUCGCCGAGGCGCUCAAGUCUGGCCACCUCCGCGGCUAUGGCGGUGAUGUCUGGUUCCCCCAGCCCGCUCCUGCCGACCACGUACUGCGGACGGCCAAGAACCCCUUUGGUGGUGGCAACGCCAUGGUCCCCCACAUGUCUGGUACUUCGCUCGAUGCCCAGAAGAGGUACGCUCUCGGCACCAAGUCCAUCUUGGAGAGCUACCUGUCGGGCAAGUUCGACUACAAGCCUGAGGAUCUGAUUGUACACGGCGGUGAUUAUGCCACCAAGGCUUAUGGUGAGCGGGCCAAGCUUGUCAAGAAGGAUGUCGCUGGUGCGUAA